ACUUAGGAAUCGCUUUCAGAAUAACUCGAGCGUUGCAGAUGCAGAUGUGACUCACAUUAGCGAUGUCUCUCUCCAGCUCCAUCACUUGCAUCAUCUCCUCCCACACGUGCUCAUCGUCCUGGGUGAGGUUCCUGUCCUCCCGUACUAUUUUCGCCAUGGAAACCAUGAACUGCAGGCGAUACGGAGCCGUGGCUGUGGGUUCUCUGGACCGGGAGAUGACCUCUCCGCUGAACACCUACUGAGAAGACAGAGGAGCUUUUCCUUAGCACCAGAACAGAGGAAAGUGAUCAGCUUUACAGAAACAACACACAUGACUUUAUUUUUUUCCAUUUAUUUAUUUAUUUUUAAAUUAAAUGAUUUAUUUAAUUUCACACUAUUAAUUAAUGUUUUUUUAACACAAUCCAUUUUCAAAUACACAAUUUUCCCCGUUUACACCUGUGACUUUGUACACAUUUAUUUUUGCUCAUCUGAAUUUUUUCCCCAUGAUUGUUUGUGGGGGUUUUUUCAAACGGAAUUUGUUAAUUUUCCACACUCACAUUUCACCUGAUUUAUUCAUUUUUCAGCACAUUUUGAGUUCACUUUAAAUGUUGAAGCUCUCACAUGAUCACGUGUGAAAUGCGUAUCUGAAUCAGAAAAAUCAGCAAUGUGAGGAUCUCUCAACUCUGUAGGCCUGCUCGUCCACUCUGUGUCCCUAUUUCAGCGUGUCCGGCUAAUCUUCCCCAUCUUAAUAGCUUCCCAUCCCUAUCAGCUAGCGAGCAGGGAGCGAUCGACCCGAAGUGUGUCUUUGUCAGGCGGCUCGAUAGCAGCUUGCCUCCGGCGACCGGCCCCUCUGCUCAAAUCGCUCGAAACCACCUGUACGUCGAUAUCUUCUCUUGUGGCCAUCGUGGAGAACUUCUUUUUAGGGUUUCAGUGUUCACAUGGACAUCUGACACUGCUGUGUGACUGACUGGACAUGGAUUGAUCUUAAAGUAAUUCACGUGAUUUCACGUGAAAUCACCAUCAGGACGCUGCUAAAACGUCACGUCUUGUCAUUUUAUUUUAUUUUUGUUUACACAGCUGAUGAGGGCAGCUAUGACAUCACUCUGCGGACACUGAUGGAUCUUGCUAAUUGUGUAAAUAAAUCAUAAAUAAAAUAAAAAAUUAAGAUUAUUCAGCCUAGUUUUAUUUGUAUUUUACAAUUUAUAAGCCUUACGAUUUCUUAAAAUAGUUUUAAUAAUCAAAGAUUUAUUGAUUUUAACCUUGGGUAGUUGAUCAAUUUGACUAGAUUUAAGAUUUAAUUUCAUAAUUUAUUUAUUUAUUUUUAUUUUUUUGCAGAACAAAUCCACAUCCUAGCCAAGACAACGAAUCCUAAGGCCUAUUUGGAUGGAAUUAGUUUUAUAUGAAAAGGAAAUGGAGGGAAUUGGAGUAUGUCAUGGAUUUAAAGUUAUCACAUCAGGAUUUAUCAUUUUUUAUGUACUGUGUGUUAUAAAGUCUCUCCAGGAAGCGCUCGCUCUUUUCUCUCGUCACGCCGAACCCAAAAUUAACCAAGUCUAAGGUGACGAUUAAAAAGACUCAUCAGAGAAGCAACAGGUUUGGUCUUCACUCACAUGUUAUGGUCAUGUGAUCUCCUAAACAUGAAGUGCGAGACACACAGUCACACCUCACAGCAGACACACCAUACAUUUCAUCCAUUUAUAGUUAUAGAGAUAUAAACUAUUUCCUGUUCACACUGAUGUUAUAGCAGCUAUAAAUACAAUCGGUGGUUUGCUAACCAGCUUCUCUAUUUUUUCUACAGGGAAACCACAGAAAAGCCUGCAAAAAAACCCUUCUCCAGUUUAAUAACCAGUUAAAUCUGUCAAAAGCCCCCGAUUAGUUUGGAUUAGAUUGGUAGUAAACCUUCAUACAGGCUUGUUGUAAUCGCCAUGAACUGGAAGACUGGUAGGAUUUUAUUGAUAGAUGUGGUCACGUCUUACAUACAGCUUUAUUCCAGUCUGCAGUAUGUGUACAGAAAGUACGCAGGUCUGAAACUCCUCACAGAACUAUCCACUGGUCAGGAGAAAUCCUCUAGGAAAUAUUUGGCAACCCUACAGAGUCGCAAGCUGCCAAAUAUCGCCAUCUGUUGGUCCAACAUAGACAAGUCCGGGUUUUUUAAAGCAACGCUGAACAUUAAAUACAUCCAGUGAGACAAUAUAAAGAAAUAUUCUGCUCUCCCGUUAGUUUUAUAGCUGAUUUUCUCAAGUUUGAUACUGAAUUUCAGAUAAAAGAAAAUAUGUAACAUGAAUAUUUGGUAUCAUAAGGCAUUUUUAAAUUGUUUAUUGUCUUUGGUUUGUGUCAUUAUCAUAUUAGAUGAAACAUUUCUAUAGUUUUAUUGCAUAACAAUAAUAACUAUAUAACAUUCCGCCAGUUGUGCAACUAAUCCCGCUCUGCCUUCCAGAAACAUUUUAAGAAGAAGGAAAAAUAAAAAAAUAAAAAACCUUAUAAUAUUCACUCUUUAUAACCGAGGAUGAGGUUGUGCUCAGAACGAACCGAUCACAUUCACUCUCAUGUUCAAAAUUAAUCGUCUUCAUCAGUGAAAUGAUUCUGAUUAACCCCAAAUCUGUUUCUUUAACAUCUUCUUUUCUUUACAUCUUCUUCUGGCGUGAGAUCUACAGCAAGUUAAAGGAGCUGUGGGAAGAUCUGAUCUGAUUCUCUGCAUGUGAUAACAGUCUCUCAUGUUCCUCACGUCUGGGCGAAAAACAUUCAGGGUCAACUAAAUCACCCCAAACCAUGUGACACCAUGUUCUGGUCUGAUGAGAUAGAAGAACCCCAUCAUUCCAAAAGGGAUGUUUGGUGCAAAGAAUCUCCGAAAGCCCCCCAUCCCCACGGGGCAGCAUGGUGGUGGCAGCAUCAGGCUUCAGCUCUGCUGUUCUUCAGCCAGAACUGGGGCUUUUACCAAGAUGGAGGAAAUCAUGAUCUUUUCUUAAUCACUUCACUCAUAAACACGUGAAGACGUCACGCUGUUUUCAUUUAUUAAUAGAUCACAUUUCUGUCAUCUUACUUCCGUUUUUCUGCUCUUUGACAUCCUUUUAUAAAUAACUUUCUGUGGUGUUUUAUAGAUAGAUAGAUAGAUAGAUAGAUAGAUAGAUAGAUAGAUAGAUAGAUAGAUAGAUAGAUAGAUAGAUAGAUUUCAGAGCUCUCAGUGUUGCCACAUGUGACCUGAUUACUGGUUGUGUUUUUCCACGGUGAAUGAGGCGCCUGAUUAUCUUGCUGUAACUCAGGGAAGUGUUCAGGCAGCAGGCGGUAAAUUGUCUGAAGCACAACAUGUUGUGGACAAUAGGCUGAUUAUGAGGAUGAGGCGUAGUGAGUGCUGUGCAGUAGAACAGCAGCAGUGCAGUGUUUAGGCUUAAUCACAGCACGCUUGUUUUUUAGCGUCCACCGUGUAGUCCGAGUGAAUAAGCAGAGACCGUGCACCAGCACGGAAAGCCGUGGACAGGAUUACAUUUCCACAGUAAAUGCACAUGAGCAGGGUGUGAUGUUGUGGAUCUUUAAGCAGUGUAGUGUCUCACUCUUUCACAUCCAGUAACUGUUUAAUCCUGGUCAGAUUUACACAAUUAUUCAACAAUAAUUAAUCUUAAAUUAAUCUUCGUGUGCGUCUUUAAAAGGCAGGCACAGGUGCAUUGUGGGAAAUCGCCCUUUAACCAAUCAGAGACGUCCGCGAGCCGUUUCAGUGCCAAACUCAACUCAAAAAGAAAAUGGACGCUAUUGUUUAGAUUUUUUUUUAAAGCAAGUUUAAUAUAAUUGAUCAUAUAUAAAUAAGUCAAAUUAAACUCGGACAAAAUGUGUUGCGUAGCGCGUCACGCGACAAUCCUCGCGUUUGCACUAUAAAUUCAAAUUGAUAACAUUCGUUAGCGCCGCUGUAGCAGUUGCCAUGGCAACCCGAGUGGCGUGCUAGUUAGUUUAGUUAUCCAGUGUUGGGGGCGACGCAAGCUGUCAAAAUGUCGUCUUUUGAACUUUUGGAUGACCUGCGACGACAAAACAAGGAACUGUUGCAGAAAUUACAACAUAAAACCGAAAAUUUACAGCGUCUGCGUUCAGACUGUUCGGGAAAACAGCUUGAAAAUCAAACGCACGACUCCGUUUCUGACCGGAAAUCAGCAAGCAGGAGCUCACGCGACCGGACGCCUUUAAUAGAGAGACGUGAAAGUUUAUUCGAUGUCUCGGAUGAUUUUAUAAAUCUGACCGUCAGUGGAAACCGUCCUAAAGUGGCCCGGAGUGCUUUGUGUAAACCGAUAAACAUCACCAGAACCUCAAACCUGGCAGUGGCGUCAGGCUGUGUGACAGGCGAAGAAGAAAAGCCUGAAAUUCUCCAUCAAGGCCGAGGGAUCAGUCAUCGACAUGUUCAGGCGAAUCCUACCGAAACGUCGCAGGCCAAGUCCGUUACCUCACAGGACAAGAGACAAAGAGUCAUGAGCCGAGUCAGGUUUCCACCUACAGACCAUGAGUUGGAGCUGGUGUCCGAGUCAGAGGGACGACGUGUGCAGCCUUUACUGGGAUAUGACUGGAUAGCUGGUCUGAUGGACGCCGAGAACUCCCUGACUGAGCGCUCCGAGCACUUCUUCAGCGAGCUGCGCACUUUCCGCCAAGUCAAUAAGGAGGAGUGUGUCCACAGAGCUUCCUCGGGGCUUCCUGUUGACUCCGACCUCUUGCCGUCUUCUAAUGAAGACAGCAUGACUAAGCACGAGUGUGCUUCAGAAAUUCACCAAUGUACAUUCUGCUAUCGAAUAAACAGCCGGCUUUUUGCAGCUCCUCUGGACCCUCAGGCCGCGUGUCCCGUCUGCAAGAUGCCCAAGGAGAAACAUCCUCACACGGAGCACGAGCCUGCCUUUAUUAGGGUCAGCAUUCCUCGCUCAACACUUCUGCCGGCGUAUCGAUACAAAGCUCACCGCCGCUGCAGCUUCGAUCCAUCCGACAGUCUCGGUUUGCCCUCUCACUGUCUGUCUGGAUGGACGAACAUCUCAAUGGGAGCAGGCUCCAUGAUGAGCAGCCUAGAUCUGAGAAGCUCCAUGGAGAUCAGGCCACAUCCAGGAACAGUGCCUUCAGUGCAGGAUGACAUCCAGCUGAUCCCUCCAGCAGAUACCAAGGCAGCUUGUCAGCUGUCAUGUCCGCAUGGCUUCCAGAAGGAUUGUACAUGCAAGAAAUGUCCCAGCGGACAGUUCUGGUCUCAGAUGAACGGAAGGGGCAUGUGUAAAAAGUGCCAGACCCCUUGCACACAGAUGAAAAACCUAAUGGAAAUAACCGCCUGCACGGACAACACUGACCGUAGCUGCAAGUGCAAACCCGGCUACUACUGCGAGAGUCCGGUGAGCGGGACCUGCAGGAGGGACUGUGAGCCGUGCAUCAACGGGUUCACCGACACGUCUAACCUCAACACAUCCUGCUGGCCGUACAGGGAUUGUGAGAGAUUACGGAUGGUGGUGAUUUCAGAAGGAACUCCCACUGCGGAUCGUGUGUGUGGAUAUAAGGCCACUCACAAGCUGGAAACCCAGACCUCGGACAAGCUGUUCACAACGAAGAAGACGGACAUGAAGGACACAACGAAUAAGACGGACAUGCUGGACACAAAGAAUAAGACGGACAUGCUGGACACAACGAAUAAGACGGACAUGCUGGACACAACGAAUAAGACGGACAUGCUGGACACAACGAAUAAGACGGACAUGCUGGACACAAAGAAUAAGACGGACAUGCUGGACACAAAGAAUAAGACGGACAUGCUGGACACAACAAAUAAGACGGACAUGCCGGACACAACGAAGAAGAUGGACACGCCAUACAUAACAAAUAAGACGGACACACCAGACACAACGAAGAAGAGGGAUGCGCCAGACAUGCCAUACGCAAAGAAAGAGCCACGUGUACUGGACACUACGAGUAAAAUGUACACAUCAGACACAUCCUACAACAUAACACAGAGACCCCUGUCCUCUACCCACACAACCCACAUCAUUCAGUCAUCAGACAGCCCUACAGUCACAUCUGUAGCAUCUGAGACCACAGCUGUAUCGGGCCAGAGUGCUGACAUAGUUUCUCCAGCAGAGGGCUCUGAUCAGUCAUCGGAGCCCCCUACGAAGACCACUUGGAUCAUUCUGUGUGUGUUCCUCCUGGGCCUGUGUCUACUGCUGUAUCUGUUCAGGAAGUGCAAAAGAAGAUCCAUCAAGUACAAACUGGAGUGUGCAGGUCGAGUCUUUGCAAGAUAUCCCGGGUUCCCUAACUCCAACACGGAGACGCUGUUACCUACGAGCAACGUCACCAACACCGGUAGAGAGGUCAGAGAAGUCCAGGGUCAGGGUUGUUCCCCGGGGAAAAUUCAGCAGGUGAACAUGGAGCAUGUCGGGAAAGCGGACGGUAUCAACAACAACAUCGGUUCUAUCGUCAUCUACUCCCCCGGGAUGGUGAUCCUCGGCUCGAACUCGAGCGAGAAAAAAGAAGAGGCGGAGACGAGCAGUGAAGACGCCAGCGAGGUCACACGUCUCAUGAGCGUUCCUCAGCAGGAAUCCAGCUCCGAGGAAGACAUCCGAUUGGCUACGCAGGAAGAAUUGGGCAAGGAGCUCAGCAUCCCAGUCCCCGCUACCAGCAAAUGAACACUGACGUCGGCUCGAGCGAAUAGGAAUGAACGAGUCAGGAUGCGCCUCAAGAGACGCCGAGUCUCUUUGCUAGGCCGUGGCUUGUUGAAAAACCCGUCCUGUAACAGCGGAGAGAUGAAACUCUCGCCGUGAAUUAGGGCAUUUGUUUAGCACUGUGACUUUCAGGGUGUUUUUUUUUUUUCUUCUUCCUCUUCUCAGUGUGGGAGGCAGUGUGAAGACGUUGUAAGAAAAACUCCCAGGUUGCUAUAGCAAUGAGAUGUACUGUAAAUAUUAAUAUAUAUGAGAAAAUGUUAGCAUGAUAUUAUCGGAAAUAUCGCUCGGUUUUGUGUUAGUCGUUAGACACUUUUGUGACAGAGAGACAGACAGACAGAAAGACAGACAGCCCUGGUUUUUCUGACUGAUGAUGUGUGGGUGCACCAGAGCACCGAGCUAAAUAUACCUCAGUGUGAUAUAAAAAGACUGCUGAAUGUCACCGCUGCACAUGUCUCCCUCACGGUUCACUGUCCCGGCAGAACGGAGGCUGCUCUCUAUUACUGCUGUGCAGUUGUUGUUGUUGUUGUUUUUUUUUUCUUCUUUCCACUGUGCGGAUUUACAGUGAUCAGUUUCGGUAGGGUUUUUAUUAUCCAAAGCAUCUUAUAAUAUAACGUUCCACAGCAUCCAGGCUGAGCGUGCUGCAGCUCUAGAGCCCUGCAUUGGUUUUCUGGCAGGUCUGGAAUUUACAGUAACCUCAGCACUGAGUCACCAGCAUCCCACCACACAGGCAUUUCUUUAGAAGUAAACAGGAAGUCCUUAUCAUUUCAAUCACAACUCUUUUCACAUUUCUAGACUAAGAUAUAUAUAUAUAUGAAUGGAAAAGAAAUAUUACUAUAACACACACACACACACACACACACACAC